AUGGAAAUCCACAUGGCAAGGGUACAUGGAUCUUAUGGAAAAUCCACUAAAGAAACUAUCUUGGACAACUGGGUGGUGCGGAAGACUGAUAAGCGCAAAGUUCACGGUGAAACAUACUUCCGACUGAAUGACCUCUUCGGUAUGUACUACGUCAACAGAAAGCAGCUGAACACUCUAGUCCCCUAUGAUCCGGCGGAAAUCAACACCCUCAGCUACAUUGAAUGCUUGGAUAGAUACAGCUCUAACGAUGUAUUCAUAAACUUCUACUGUCCUCGGUACGAAUGCUACGGAAGAUUGCAUAAGUGCAGAGAAGCUGGAAGUUUCAACUUCUGCGAAGCGAGAACUGGAGCCAACAGACGUUACGCCUUUACUUUAGACGGAAAACAAUUCCCAACAAGACCUUAUGAUUGCAACGGCCGAUUUGUUGACACACUAGCUAAAGAAACUGACAAUCUUCUGUGCCAAUGUUCUGAAGAAGGAGCCGAAUCUUUGGCAACCAAAGCUAUCAAUUUAAUGCCCCAGAUGUCUGAUAUUGAGAACAAUAUGGUUGUGACCAACGUCCGUUUUCUGAAGAAGAACAACAUGGUCCACAUGCAGAUUGAAGAAGGUCUCCUUCUUCCGGACGGAAACAUUGACAAGUCAACUGUUUCAAGCGUUCCAGUAGGAAAUUUCCGGUACCUGCAAAAUUCAACCCAGGGCUCGUUUGUCCAACUGGACCCAACUGAAUGGGACGACAGACUGAUCCAGCUGAACUACGACAGAGACUAUACCUUCUUGUACCACAACCGGUCGACCAUCAACCUUGAUGAUAUCAUCGUCGACGUGGGAUACGUUGUAACUGGAGUUAAGUUCGACACCGAGGAAAACAACCCCGGAACUGGAAUUAAUUACAGUCCAAUUCAGCUUAAGGUUCACGGAACGCCUUUUAAUUAUGAUACUGGGUUAUUGGAACCGACUGACAAGAAACCUUCCAGGUGGUUCACGCCAUUUGAUAUGAAGGGGAAGAUCAAGAGAUACUCUUACAUGCGCGAGAUGCUGGACAUCACCAACAGCGACGACUCGAUCAAAAACACCGGCGCUGUUCAACAAUACCCGACGAAUUUCCAAGUAACCUUCCAAGUUACCUCCUGGGAGAAGGACAUGGGCCAAACUGUAGUUCCUUACUUUGAUACCUUGAGCGCUGCAGUCUCCAAUAAGGUCGCUCUUGAUGGCGUGGGUAUCUCAUAUAGAGGCUCGCAAGGGUUUGGAGGAUUCAUUGCGCCCAAGAUUUUUAAUGUUGAUCAUGCUCAAACGACUUGA